AAUCAAUCGCGCCAGGAUCGCAGUUGGAAACACGUGGCCUUACAACUCAUCCAAGAGUUGUUCGACUCCAAGAACGGGUUGACCCAAACCUUUCCGGAGCGGAUCCGAUUCAUUCGUCUCUUAAGACUAUGGUAUCCCAUCACCAACACCGACAAUUGCUUCCUCCAACGAAUGAUGCUGUACCUAAGCAUCGACCAACGAGAACGGGCCCAACUUCAGCUGAGCCCAAAUUAUUUGUGGGUCACGUCGAAGCAAGUAUUGGACCAAGAAAUGCUGGAUCCCGGCAUCCUGGAGUUCCUCCGCAAGUUCCUCAAGGAUAGAGAGCAAGCCAUUUCGUUUUGUAUCAGUGAGUUCACCCAAGACAUGUUCUUGGUGGACGUGUCCGAUUCUCGGCAAGAGAUGAAAAAGACUCAAGAGAUGCUAUUGCAAGCCGCCGAUUUGUCGCUCAAUGAUCAAAAACAAGUCUACCGGGACUUCUUUUCCGAGGCCUUUCCGAAAUUGUUCGUGACGUUCCCGCAAUUUCGUCGAAUCAUGUUGAAAUACGGCUGGCCUCCGGAUCAUCUCAAGAAUAUCUUUCGGAGUUUUAACUUGAGGAAACAUCCCGGGCGAAUGGACGCCAAGUACCUGAGCUAUUCUGAAUUGAUUUGCGGCUUAGCUGCAUGUGAGCCGCACGUGCCGCAUGGAGAUCAGACCGGCGAGUCUCGCACCCGAUACAUAUUCCGUUUCUAUUGCCGUGAUCCGAGUGGGAAACUCGACUUUAGCGAAUUUCGAGAAAUGGUUCGCGAUAUCCGGCGGUGUAAAGGAUUUUCCACCGACGAAAUCGAUGUCCUCAAUGAAGCUACGGUGUCGGCGAAAGUCUUCAAUUGCGAGGAGCACGCCUCGCUGACUCUAACUGACUUCUUAACGGGCGUGGGACAGCUCAAGUUCCGUGGAACGUCGCAUUUACUCCGAGCUCCGGUCUCUUUGCCGAUUCGUUUACGAGAAAACGAAAAGAUGAGGCAAACUUCCUCCGUUCCUUCCACUAACAAAGGCUCCAGUACAAUAUCCCCGCCUCUCUCACCCGACAUUGGCACGGGUGCCCGUAAACGGACUCGUCCCACGAGCGAAGCGGUUGAGAACAACAGUGAUAUCGGUGACUCUUCGCAUAUCAUGUCGUUCGAGGCGAUGGCGGAUGCGGCAGAAGAUGACAUGUCAUUCAUAUCACCGUCGUUCGAAGACAACGUGGGCCCGGAUUCCUAUGAUUACGCCACACACGUGGUCAGAGUCAAACGAACGGGCCAAGUCCUGGAUGUUCAGUCUCUUUGGGAGUUUGAGGCUAAUGGCGCUGUCUCGGCCUCGUCGGCAUUUUCCAAUGCACAAAAAUCGAAUUUUGGCCGUCUUCAAUCCAUCCGAGCCUUCAACGUGUCUUCCGAAGCGAAUGAGAUGCUGAAAGGGCUGCGAUACUUUGAACGAACCGUCAAGAAUGACCCCGACAAGAUGCCCAUGUCUUGGGGCAAGGUGGAAAUGGACGUGUUCGCCAGGUCCUUGAUUGAUCUUUGCCAUCUGGCUCGAGGUCUCAUCAUCCAAGAACCGAGGCUAGUCAAACUGAAAUCACCGACCUACAUCUUGGGCGACCUUCACGGGAACUUCCACGAUCUCAUCUGCUUUGAAAAGGUGCUCUGGCGAAUGGGCCCCAAAUUGGUGCCCGCCAAUUUCCUAUUCCUCGGCGAUUACGUAGAUCGAGGACAAUUCGGUGUCGAGGUCGUGGCCUAUCUACUUGCUCAGAAAAUCGCGGCUCCGGCCAAAUUUCACCUCUUACGCGGCAAUCACGAGUGCCGCCAAAUUCAAAAGAACUUCACCUUCCACCGAGAAUGUAUCGCCAAAUUCGGCCGGGACGUGGGUGAAAAAGUUUGGGAGAGCAUCAAUCAAGUCUUCGACGUGAUGCCCAUCGCAGCCGUGAUCGAUGGCAAGAUCUUCUGCGUUCACGGAGGUAUUCCACCCCCUUGGAUGGGCGGGGGCUUGAUAGCUUCCCUGGAUAAGGUGAACAAAACCAUCAAAUCCCCGGAAGAUGAGGAACCUCUCGUCUGGGAGUAUCUGUGGAACGAUCCCUACCGAAACGAAGACAACGAGCCACUCCCAUCAGAGAUCAAGAAGCAAUUGGGUAUGAACGAGUUGGACGGGUUCGUGGGCAACUAUCGCCGAGGCACCGGACACAUGUUCACGGACAAGGCCUUGAACGAGUUCCUGGCCCGGAAUCGCCUCUCCCAUGUGAUUCGAGCCCAUGAAGUGAAGGAGACGGGCUUCAGCGUCCAACAUCGACAAAGACUGAUUACGGUGUUCUCGUCAUCCAAGUAUUGUAACGGAUCGAACGAGGCCGCUUGCGUGUUGGCGGAUAACAAUCGGAUCCGCUUGAUCCGCUUGGACACGGCGGGUUGAUGAGAGCGAAAAUAGGGUAUAUACCUAUGUAUGGUUUUUGAUACGAUUUCAGCGGAAAUUAUUGUUUAACGUUUUGUGCUUGGGCACAACAAUUCAAACAUGUGAUCAUGUCGUUCGUUGAAAUAGAUCGAUGUAUUUCAA